AACCAAAGCCUUUCAAUUUCCAGUGGCAUUAUCGUAGUAUACACCAAUAGCAUUAGCCCAUUAUAUUAUAUUAUAUUAAGCCCACUUUUCUUUUUAGUUUUUUCCGCGACCACACAUAUAAAUUAAAUUUGAGUGUCCAACUCCACUUUACAAAUUGUUUGUUCCUUUCUUCUCUCUCUAAACUCAAGCCAAUUAAAAGAACAUACAGAAAAUCUAGAGAGAGAAACAACCCAUCCGCCAAGGAUUUCGCAGAAAUCAGUGCCGCAAAUAACCGAUCGGGAAAUGGUAGGCGCGUGGAAAAUCCUACUCGCGAUCUGCUUCACCGCGUCCCUAUUACUCGCCCAAGCGUCGGCCGGUGGGGACCACCGCGACGCGGCGGCGGCGGCGGUGGGGUGGGUGAUGCCGUCGGCGAGAUCCGGCUGCAAGGGGACCGUCGCCGAGUGCCUCGGUAACGAAGACGAGGAAUUCGAGAUGGAUUCCGAGUCCAAUCGGCGCAUCUUAGCCACCCGCCGCUUCAUCAGCUACGGUGCGCUGGAGAGUGACAGCGUGCCCUGCUCGAGGCGCGGCGCGUCUUACUACAACUGCCGCCCCGGCGCCCAGGCUAAUCCGUACAACCGCGGCUGCAGCGCCAUCACUCAAUGCCGGAGCUGAAUGAAGGAAAAAAACAAAAAUCGUUUCACCGGUUAUUAUAUUAUUUUUUAUUUUUUUGUUUUUAAUUUUUAUAAUUUUUUUUUUAAUUUUUGGAGAGGUGGUGUUUGGUAUACGAUAAAUUAGGCAGGAAGAUGAAACUGUUCGUUAUGUUGAAUAAUUUGCUGUGUGCACAAUUUUUUAUUUUUUUGUUCCCCUUUUUUUGUCAAUAAUAAUUCACACUCAUAUUCAUAUAUAUAUAUAUAUUUUUUUUUGCU